UAUAAGGAGAAGACGACCUCCUACACUGGAAUUAUCUACAGGGAGACUGAGGACUCAGAGUUGCUGAACAUAAUUCCGAUGGAAUAUUUCAAUAAUAUUGAGCCAAGUGAUGAGUUUCAAGAUCAUGUUAUCCUUCUAGCUUUCAAUAUAGGCCUUACUAUAUCAGUUACCAGCGGAUUUAUGAUGUUUAAAAGUGAAGACACAAAGCUUUUUUGUUUCUGUCUUAUUUUCUUUGGAAUAUGGAUAAUAGUUACUCAGAUGGUGGAGUACAUAGAAAAUGAAGACAGUACUGAGGAACAUGCAGAUCUCCAGGAUGAUAUGGCAAGAUGUAUGGCUGUGUUUAUAGGUGCGCUGAUGAUUAUGAUUUCGUUCUUCCUGUUGCUUGUUACUAGCGAAAGCUGAUGUUAAACAUAUUGUAAAAUUGUUAAAAAUGUAUUAUACGAAAUUGUUACUUACUUGCUUAAUUCAUCUCUUUAUCCUUACAGUAAAAGGUUCAAGCUUUUUUAGAUUUAAUUUUGUCCCGAGCUUUAGUGUUAUAGGUAAUUUUAUGAAAAGUGUGUGUACUUG